UUUUUUUCCUUUUUCCUUAUCUUGAACUCUUCUUUUUCCCCCCUUUCACUCUCUUUUACUUUUCUCUUUUUUCCCUUGUACCUCAAUAUAAAAUAAAGAUAUGGUCUGGAAAAUCGCACUCGCAGCUGCUACUGCCUUCAUGGGCGCCAAUGCAGUCACCACUAACUACCAAAGUACCGUCGAUCCCCUCAACAUUGUACUUCCCGAUAUUCCUCAAACCACCUCUCUCGACUCAGGCGUUCAAUGUACCUACUACAACAGCCCCAACGCCAUUGUCCCCUCUGAAUGGCCUACUGUUUGGGGUCCUGCUACCUCCAACGGUAUGAACACCUCUGCCGAAUUCACAGCCUUAUACAACUCUAUUGAUUGGACAAAGGCUCCCAACUUCCCCGUCAGAAAGCUCAACGCUGCCGGUGGUCUUGACAUGACCGGCUAUGAUGGUGCUACUGAUCCCGCUUGUUGGUGGUCUGCCUCUACCUGUAAGACUCCCAAGACUGCUGGUAUCAAUGCUGAUCUCUACGCCUGUCCUGAACCCGAUGUCUGGGGUAUUACUUUCGAUGAUGGUCCCAACUGUUCUCACAAUGCCUUCUAUGACUAUUUGGAAAAGGAGAAGCAAAAGGCUACCAUGUUCUACAUUGGUUCCAACGUCGUCAACUGGCCUUACGGUGCCCUUCGUGGUGUCAAAGAUGGCCACCACAUUGCUGGCCAUACCUGGUCUCACAAGAUGAUGACCACCUUGACUAACCAAGAAGUCCUUGCCGAACUUUACUACACUCAAAAGGCUAUCAAGCAUGUUACUGGUGUUACUCCCAAACAUUGGCGUCCCGCACUUGGUGAUUUGGAUGAUCGUGUCCGUUGGAUUGCCACUCAAUUGGAUUUAACUGCUAUUCUCUGGACCUUGGAUACCUUUGAUUGGGCAGCCAAUGUCACACCUGGUAUUACCGAACAAACUGUUGAUGAUAACUAUGAAGCCUACAUCAAGAUGGGUACCAACGGUAGCUAUGCCAACUCUGGUAACAUUGUCUUGUCUCACGAAAUCAACGAUAUGACUAUGCAAUUCUUCAUGAAGCAUUACCCUGAUAUCAAGAAGGCCUAUUCUCACGUUAUGGAUGUCGCCACCUGCAUGAAUAUUACUCAACCUUACGUCGAAUCUGCUGUUACUUUCCCUACCUUUGACCAAGCUGUUGGAAGUACCACUAACACUUCUACUGGUGCUUCUUCUGCUAGUGGUGCUACCACUCCUGGUGCUGCCAAGGCUUCUACUUCUCCUGCUGCCAGUGCUGCUGCCUCCGUUUACACUUCUUUGAACGGUCCUCUUUUCAUUGCUGCCCUUUUCGGUCUCUUGGUUCUUGUUUAAAAAAGAUAUCCCUCCCCCUCCCCUUCUUCCCCCCCUUUUUCUUUUUAAAACAACAAAAAGGGAAAAAGAAGAAAAAUGUAUUAAAACAACAAAAAAGAUGAGCACUGAAAAAAAAGCAGAAUGUUACAUGUAUCUCUUUUUUCUUUUUACUCUUUUAAUUUUUUCCAUUAUAUGUAUACACACAAAUCCUUUUUUAUUAAAAAAAGAUAAUUUUUCCCUUUUC